UAAUGUUACAGUAAACUAGUCUCGCCAACGCCCCAAUAUUAUUCUGUAUUUACUAGUAGUUACCAGUUUGGCCCCCACUGUAUGGAAUGUGUCUCAGAAAAAUUAUUAUUUGAUAACGCCUAGCAUGGGGAGUAAUUUAUAUAGUGAUACAAUUACAAUAUUCUGAAGGAAAAACACAGCAAUAAUGAAAUAAUUACAGAUGUAAACCUACUACUCUUUAUCAUGACCUCUUCUUUUAAAACUAAGAAAAUAAUUCACAUUCUUUUCACAUUUAGACUACUGGUCAAGCUGUUGAAGAGAGCACUGCACCCUUAAACCAAACUCAGCAAGUUGUGGUCAGGCCUGGCAGGCACAGAAGGCUCAUGCCAGGUUCAAAGCCAGAGGUUAAGAAGUGCACAGUGAGGAAAAAACUCAUCAUCACCAUCCUCUGUGUAGUGCUUGUUCUUGGCAUUCUGGCAGUGACUGCAUACUUUAUUGCACAACUAGUUGAAACUAAGUACUUUUUCUGCUCCAAGUCACUGAAGUUCAUUCCACUAGAGCAAGCCUGCGAUGGCAAGCAGGACUGCACAGAUGCAGAGGAUGAGUCUUCAUGCGCCUCCCGCUUUGUAAGCAACUCAACCUUUCCUGUACGCUUGACCACAAAUCUCUCGGUGCUUCAGAUAUACAAUGCCAGCCAAAACCAGUGGAGGAGUGUGUGUGCGGAUGGCUGGACAAAGCAACACACUCAAACAGUAUGUCAGCAGCUAGGAUAUACAGUUAAUCCAUAUCAUUAUACAGUUCAACUGCCUGAUCUGUCAUCUGAUCUAAAGCUUUAUUGUACCGUGGGACCCGAUAAUGUACAGCCAGUUCAAUCUGGCACCUCAAAUCAAAAUACGUGCAGUUCAGGAUCAGUUGUUGCCUUGUUUUGCUCAGACUGUGGUCCAAAAGCUCCCGACAGCAGGAUUGUGGGAGGACAGAGUGCAAUUAUUGAGAAUUGGCCGUGGCAGGUGAGCCUGCAGCAUAAUGGCCAGCACACAUGUGGAGGCUCGCUGGUGUCGCCGAACUGGGUCGUCACAGCUGCCCACUGCUUCAACGGGAGGGCACAAGUGUCCAGAUGGCGGGUGGUGGCAGGCAAGACGUACUACUCGAGCCUGGGGGGAUCCAGCGUCGACAAAAUCAUCGUGAACGGAGACUACAAAGAAUCACGCAACGACUAUGACUUAGCCAUGAUGAGACUUAGCAAACCAUUUACUGUAGGAGCCUAUGUGAAGCCGGCAUGCCUCCCACCCUCCAAUCUGGGCCUCAAAGGAGGAGCUCCAUUAAUAGUAACUGGCUGGGGUUAUUUGCAUGAAAACGGAAAACUUUCAUCAGAUCUUCAGAAGGCUAAAAUUCCGCUCAUAGACAGAGAUCAGUGUUCUAGCCCAUCGGUUUACGGCACCAGCAUCACUCCCAGAAUGAUUUGUGCCGGCUUCCUGGAGGGCAACGUGGACGCAUGCCAGGGGGACAGUGGUGGACCUCUGGUGUAUUUCGAACAGCGCUGGAUGUUGGUAGGAGUUGUUAGUUGGGGUGUGGGCUGUGGAAGGAAAGGCCAACCUGGUGUUUACUCUAAUGUGGAUCAGAUGCUCAACUGGGUGUACUCAGUCAUAGAGAAGCCCUGAGCAAAAGCAGACCAGAAGACACCGAGGCCUUAGAAACACAUUACUCAAGUGCAAUACAAUCUCUCUUUGAAGCACGUCGUUCUCUGUAUAUACACAAACAUGAUAAGUGAAUUGUUAAAGAUUGUGUUUGAAUUGUUCUAGAACUUUAUGCAUAUGUACAGUCUUAUGGAAAAGUUUGGACAACUCUGGUUAAAUGUAAAGAGGUAAAAAUACAUAUAUAUAGUGGUAGCCUAGUGGGUAGAGCUUUGGGCUGUCAAUCAAAGGGUUGAGAGUUCGAAUCCUGGCUCUGCCAUGCUGCCACUGUUGGGGCCUCUCUCUCCAGGAGCACCGUACGAUGGCUGACCCUGCAUUCUGACCUUAGGUUCCAAACAAGCAGAGAAUACACCUGUAUAUAUACACUGACCAGGCAUAACAUUAUGACCACUGACAGGUGAAGUGAAUAACACUGAUUAUCUCUUCAUCACGGCACCUGUUAGUGGGUGGGAUAUAUUAGGCAGCAAGUAAACAAUGGAAAAAUGGGCAAGCGUAAGUAGUUUGACAAGGGCCAAAUUGUGAUGGCUAGACGACUGGGUCAGAGCAUCUCCAAAACUGUAGCUCUUGUGGAGUGUUCCCGGUCUUCAGUAGUCAGUAUCAAAAGUGGUCCAAGGAAGGAACAGUGGUAAACCGUCAACAGGGUCAAGGCUCAUUGAUGCACGUGGGGAGCGAAGGCUGGCCCAUGUGGUCCGAUCCAAGAGACGAGCUACUGUAGCUCAAAUUGCUGAAGAAGUUAAUGCUGGAUAGAAAGGUGUCAGAAUACACAGUGCAUCACAGUGGUCAUAAUGUUAUGCCUAAUCAGUGUAUAUCCAAAAAUAUUACAUAUUUAAUUUUUAUCCCUGUAGUGGAUGUGUGAACUUAUUUUCAUUCAUAAAAACAACAUAACAUGGCAUUUAACCAGAGAUGCCCAAUUCUACCUCAUCUGUCUAGGAUUUAGGAUUUAUCCUGUACCGUUAGCUUGUUAGUGCAUUUCAUUAGGUGUGUUCUCAGGGAUUUAAUUUAAUUAAUUAACACCUUUUUUUACAUAAUGUGUACAUAACAGAAGAAGAAUCAGAUUGUCUUGGCUUUGCAGGCCGCGAAUGAGCCGAAAAGCCGCGUUCUAUAUAGCGUAGGUCACCAGAGGAAAUCCAUCAUGUUUGGAUCGCGUGUCCUUGCUAAUGCCAAGUUCACACUACACGGCUUUCCAAGUCGUCAGAUCGCUCUACAGUUCACACUACACGACUGGAUCUGUUGCAAUCAGGAGUCUUUUAUCGGCGAUAGGGGUCACACACUACACGAUAUAUCAGUGAUAGGAAUCAAGUCUGUCUGGUCUCCCAAACUACGUUUUGUCACGAAAACACACGAGGGGUUUAACGAUACAACGUCCAAAAAUGCACGUCAACAAGAAGCGAGCGAUCAAAGUUGUUUGUGCGCUGAUGUGCAGCGUAAAAGCAAGUAGGAAAAGUAAAUGAAUCCGAGUGGAUUGGGCAAUGCGACCAGCUGGGAUCAGAACAGCGUCUGUUCUGUAGUGAGUUGGAGGUUAAUAAAUAUUUUUUUGCAAUGCAUUGUGGGUAUUAUAUAUAUGCCCCUGUCCCGUCCAUGUUUUUCCCCUCACCCCGUAUCCUGCGUUCUCAUUGGCGGUAGUUCCACAUAGCACUCGCUGCCACUCGCAACCUGCUCGCAACGCCUCGGAUCACGUCAUUGAACGGUACGCGAUUGCACACACAGCGAUCGAGAGCCGAGUUUCGAGCCCCGAGCUGCCACAUCUAGCGGCAUCCAGUCGGCGAGUGAAAAUCAGGGCAAUCGUGUAGUGUGAACUAGGCAUAAGUCACCAUAGAAAAGCUGCUGCUGCCUGUGCUCGUCACACUCAGCAAAUAUUGCACAAAAAUGCACAUACAGAUGAUUUUAGUUUGUAUAUCAACUGUGACUUCUUUACUAAGUGCAAUAAGUGGUACAUUGUCAAAGUAGUUUAAAAAAUGUAUCAAUUUCUUAAUAUGAUUAAUUUAGAGUGAUGGAAAUUGUAAUGAAUUGCUUUAUUGUUGCUGAAUAAAUUGGCAAAACACUACACUUGCAUUAUUAAUGUUAUAGCUAUUUUCUUUACAUUUUUAAAUAAACAUUGUUUUUUUUAAA